AUGGCCGGUACACGAAGAACCCGCGGUAGGCCCUCUGCCGAUGAUGAGCCUCUUGCUAGGCUUCCACCGCCGAAAAGGAAGUCUAAGGCUCGUGUUGGGGAAAAGCGCCGUGUGAUUGAUCUCAUGUCGGAUGAUGAGACUCUGGCCCCGACCAAACAGGAGGACCUUGACGUAAAUGAAGAGGACUUGGAGAAUCUACAGAUCGCCAGCUCUUCUGGAAUAAAAGCAGAUCCGGGAGCUGUAAAGGUUGAAGCUGACGAAGGCAGUAAAGCGACCGUUGAUGCCGAUGAUCAUGUGGAUUCGAAAACUCUCCAAAAUGAUGUUGAUGACUCUAUGCAUGACGUGAACAACGGAGGUGGGUCAAUCGCUGAAGAAGACUCCUCUCGAUCCCCUGAACCGAGCAGAGGUAGUGGCAGCCAUGGUCGUAAAAUGAUCUCUGAAGGGUUUUCACGACGUUUGGCUUCCGAACUAAUGGGGUGGGCUUGUGCCCAAGUGUUUCCAGAAGAGAGCGCAGCGGAAGUGCCUGUUCCCAAAGGGAAAAUCGCCAAGAGAGCCACGAUCCAAAGUACUGUCCCAAAUGAUAUUAUCGAUGACGAUAGUGAUUGGGAAGAGGAGUUUCUCAUGACGAACCCUAAUAGUAUCUAUGCUAUCAGCCUACGUCAAAUUUUCAACUCUGCUGCCUGGGAUAAAAUAUCUGAUGAAGAUAAAAAAUACCUCAUGAAGCAUCUACCUGAGUGCGAUAAAGUAUACGAGGCUUCUGGGGAUGUCACUGACCCCACUCCACCAAAAGCCCAACUUGUCGAUGGCUUCUGGAAUAAUAGUCAACUCAUUGCUCGAAUCAAUCAAGUCGAAUACGAUAUCUCUGAGGCGAAGUACACUGCCAAAACACAAAAGACCGUCGAGGAAGCACGUAAAUUGGCCCAGUCCGCGGAGUUUGACACAUUUAAGGAAAACAAGUUCGAGGCCUUUUGGGGACAAAAACAGCGCGUCGAUUACAGCGCUGUCGCAGGCGAUACAACAAAUGUUAAGCUCGAAACGCUCGCUAAACACUCUGCUCUGCGAGUCGGUGAUGUUUUUAGCUUGCGUCGGUCGUUUCAGACUGCCACUGGAGGCGCAAGCAAAAAGGGGAAAAAGGCGGCUUCGAUUUUAGUUGAGAAAGACGCAAAGCUUAUAGCAAUCGACCCUGAAGAUUUCUCCCUCACAUUCUCCUAUCCGCCUGGAAGACUACAGGUUUCUGUUGAUGGCAAGCCCGAUAAAAUCAUAUCUGGCGUUCUCUCAAUAACCGCGCUCGAAACCCUUCUAUGUAGGGAGGAUGGUCGACCUCCGGCUAAGCUCCCGAAUGGAAACGCCUUCAAGACAUUCCGCAUCAAGCGCAACGAGCAGGAUAUCGGCUCAUUGUUUGAUGUCCGGAUGGAGUUCCAUUCCAAGUAUCUCAGUCCCUAG